AUGCAAGAAACCUCCAGGCAUAACGAAUGGAAUUUGAGUCUAUAUAGCACAUGGAACGGAAGGGAAAGUCGUCUUCCUCAACCACAUCGCACAAAUUACAAUGGUACAGUCGAAAAGGGAAGUACUUUGCCUAAAGAUAUUCAGGUUAACGGUGAGCAAACCCCUCUUCCCCGUGCACGCAAUUCCAACGCCUUAUCAUCUAGCUCACACCCCUCAGCAAAACCAAGAUUCUGGACUCCCCGAGUUGAACCCUCUCCAGAAAAAAUAAGCAAUGAAACAUUUGUUGGCAAAGGACUGUAUGACAAAUUUUUGGCCUCAUUUCGAAGAAAAAAGAUUCAAAAAGCUGCAUCUGCACCUGUCUCUGUCAAAAAAGUGGCGAGUGUCUCUGAAAAACCGCCCAAACCCAUUUCAGAGAGUGUUACAGCACGUAUUUUGCUUCUGGAUGGUGAAGAAGUCUCAAUGAGGUUGAGUAAGCGAGCCCUUGGUCUAGAAUUGCUUGAACGUAUCUGCGAUGGCCAAGACAUUAUCGAAACUGAUUACUUUGGAAUCACAUACACAGACAAGAAGCUUGGAACAUGGUUUUGGCUGGAUGUUGAUAAAAAAAUUAUUAAACAAGUUACAAUCGACAUGAAGUCAGACGCCGUUUGUUUAUGCGAAUUUGAUCCUUUAGAUGUAGCAGAUUGGCAAUUCUAUUUCCAAGUGAAGUUUUACCCGCCAGAGCCGACGAUGCUACAAGACGAGACUACGCGAUAUCAGUUAGUGCUGCAGGUGCGACAAGACGUCUACACGGGCAAGCUGCCCUGCUCCUGGGUCACACAGGCCCUACUCGGCUCCUUCCUUGCGCAGUCGGAGCUGGGGGACUACGAUUCCACAGCCCAGGGACCCGGGAUCGACUACCUCAGACAGCUUGAGUUCGUUCGAAGUCCUACCGAUCAGUUACUCCAGAAGAUUUUGGAACUGCACAAGACCCACAAAGGCAUGAGACCAGGGCAAGCAGACAUAAAGUACCUUGAGACCGCGAAGCGAUUGGAUCUCUAUGGUUUGGAUCUUCAUCCCGCACGGGAUAUGGAGAAUGUGGAAAUCUACAUCGGUGUAGGGUACAGUGGCAUCGUCGUUUAUCGCGACCGUGUCCGGAUAGGCCGAUUUGCCUGGCCGAAAGUUCUGCGAAUAUCCUAUAAGAAAAACUACUUCUACCUAAAGAUUCGCCCUGACUAUGCAAGUUUGUUUGCGCUUAAAACUAGUUUCAAAAUGCUUUGGCCAUUUACGGAGCCGGAAGAGGCAGUAGUGGGUUUUCUGAUGCUGAAUCCUCAACUGGCGAAGCGACUCUGGAAGACAGCAGUGGAGCACCACACCUUCUUCCGACUGAAGGAGCCGCGCCCGCCGAAGCGAGGUCCAAUUGGCUUCUUGGGCGGGUCCUCACGAUUUCAGUACUCGGGCAAAACCUUCUUCCAGUACCGCACCACCCAAAUCGAUCACCCUAAAGCGAUGGCGGAUGAUGCCCUUGAUGAGGGUCUGCGACCGUCACAUCAUCGAACUGCCAGUGUUCCUGUCGCCCUCAAUCGUGGUAGUUUACUUUUUAAUCCGUUAAAGUCGAAGCUGUUGCCCUUAUUACCUUCCAAACCCGCAUUAUUUAAGCAAGCUCAACAGCCAAUAAGGACUGAGACUUCAAGAGCGUCACCAAUCCUAUCAACACAGCGUCCGCCUCCAUCUCAACCAAUUGCAGGCACGCGCGUACCACCUCCGAAGCCGUUAAGUAGGAGGAAUCAACGCCCACCUGCAGCACCGACUUACAUCGACAAUGACGGCUCGCUUUUUGAUGCCGCCAGCUCAAGGGGCGAAGGAUCCAUUCUGGACUCGGGUAUUCGCGGUGCGGACUAUGAGAUACCGCGACAGUUGAGCGCAAAUGAGUACUCCUCCUACGCUCAAGAACAAGAGGAUCCGUUGAUGUUUAGCAGCGGUGACUUUAGUGACGCAAACGACGUGAACGGUGCGGGAGGAGGCAGUGUAGCAUGGUCCGCCUCAAACUCUUACAACCCACAGCCCUCGCAGGACUCCUGGGGGCUCCAGAACAACACUCCACCCUCUUCUCCUUCCCCCGUCAUGCGCCCCUCCUAUUCCUCCCGUGGUCGCGGCGAGCAACCGCAAUACACCAACCUCGGCUACGAUAAUCCCUCCGACGCCUCGCCAACUCCAUUGCGCCCUGUUCGACGCGCGGGACCUUAUGCGGGACAGGUGAGCAAACUCAAACCUUUAAUGACCAUCGACCACCUACUUCCAAUGCGGAUUUUCUCUAGCACCAUUGGCUCAGCCCUCGGUGUGUUUGUAAUUUCCGCCCACGUGAUUGGACUAAAACUUUGCAUUUGA